AUGUGGCUGCGAGGACCAGCAUUCCUAAGGGAAGACAACCUCUCCACUACUUUAGUGGGAGAGCACCAGAACUUUGCUUUCAUCUUGGAUGAUGACAAGGAAGUGAGACCAAUGGUUGAAGUCAACAAGACGAGUGUCGAGGGUGACUCUUGUGACUUGGUGGUAUCUCGCCUUGAAAGGUACUUACAGUUGACAAAACUGGUUCACAGUAUUGCCAUAUUGAGGCAUAUCUUGGUGACAAAGAAUCCAUGUGAGCAUUCGACCAGACGAUGGCAUUACUGUCCCAAAUCUUUGGAUUUAAACUCUCUAAAAGCAGCCGAGAUGUUUAUCCUGAAAGAGGUACAAAAGUCUGAGUUCAGAGUAGAGAUAGAAAGUCUCAACAAGGGAAAGCCCAUUCCUAAGAAUAGCAGCAUUAUUGCUUCGGCACCAUUCUUAGAUUCAAACGGUUUAUUGCGUGUUGGUGGUAGGAUUGGCAUAGCUCAGAAGUUUGUCAGCUUUGAUGUGCAUCCUAUAAUCAUACCAAAGAAAUCUCAUGUAGCAACACUGUUGAUAAGACACUUCCAUGACAGUGUGUUCCAUCAAGGACGUCGGAUAACAGAAGACAAGAUACGGUCAUUAGGAUUCUGUAUAAUAGGAGCCAAGCGUCUCAUAGCAUCAGAGAUCCAUCGGUGUAUUACAUGUCGCAGGUUACGAGGAUCAUUCUGCAAUCAAAAGAUGGCUAACCUUCCAGUAGAUCGAUUGACUCAAGGACCCCCAUUCACAUUCGUCGGCGUCGACACAUUUGGACCUUGGGAUGUCACAACUCGACGUACGCGAGGAGGAGUAGCCACAAGUAAGAGGUGGGCAGUUCUGUUCACUUGUUUGGUCUCCAGGGGAAUCCACAUCGAGCUUGUAGAGGAAUUGAGUACUUCCUCCUUUAUUAACGCAUUAAGGCGUUUCCUUUCCGUACGAGGACCUGUCCGUCAAUUCCGCUCAGACAGAGGGACCAACUUUGUUGGCGCUGUAAAUGAAUUACAGAUGGUGCACCAAUUCGUUGAGAAGCCCACAGUGCAGAAAUUCCUUCAAGACAAGGAUUGUUCCUGGCUCUUUAACCCUCCACAUGCUUCCCACUUUGGUGGAGUGUGGGAGCGAAUGGUCGGUGUAACUCGCACAAUUUUAGAUGGUAUCCUUCUGCGAGAUGGAAUGAAAGGUUUAACCCAUGAAACCUUGUCUACAUUUCUUUCAGAAGUCUGCGCCAUAGUGAACUCACGACCACUCACCGAAAUAUCAGAGGAUGCCAGCGACCCAUCUGUCCUUACACCUGCGAUGAUACUCACUCAAAAGACAGGACACUUACCCGAAUCAUUACCCACAAUAGAUCCCAAAGAGUUAUAUAAGUCUCAGUGGCGUUACGUACAAGCUCUUGCAGCUGAAUUUUGGCGUAAAUGGGAACGAGAGUAUCUGUCUGUUCUUCAGACUCGACGCAAGUGGACUUCUGAUGAACGUAGUUUGAAAGAAGGAGAUGUUCUCAUGUUGAAGGAGGCUGAAAAUCUAAGGAAUCAGUGGCCGUUGGCUCUUGUGACCAAAACUUUCACUUCAGUUGAUGGACGUGUACGAGAAGUCGAAGUUCGUGUCGUUAAAGGGGACACUGUGUCAGUAUAUGUAAGACCCAUCCAUAAACUUGUGCCCCUUGUGUUUUCGUAA